GAAAACGUUGUCAAUUUAGGAAGAAAAAUACUAUCAUUAUACAGGGAAGUCGAUCAAAUAAAAAUAUAAACAUAAUAAAAUGACCAACUUCGAUGAGUUUAUUGGCCUCAACGAUUUUGAUAUUGAGAUUUGGCGAAUGUUACUUGCUGAGUUCCUCGGUACAUUCUUCUACGUGUUUGUUGGGGUCAUUAGCACGGUCUCACUAUCGCAAAAUCUGAUGACCUCUGUAGUGCCGGUUGCCUUCGCAUUUGGACUAGCAUUGUCAAGUAUAUCGCAUGUGGUUAAUAGGGCUAGUGGUGCUCACCUGAAUCCUGCUAUUAGCAUAAGUCGACUGGUCGUUGGACAAAUGAAAUUGCUGAAAUGUUUAUGCUACAUACUAGUACAGUGCAUCGGUUCGUGUUUAGCGGCAUUUUUGGUGGAAAGAAUUUGCCCGGGAUCUUCUCUUGCACGGAAGGACGGUGUAACAAGACCACUAUAUAUGGGCGUUUGGGAAGCACUGCUUCUUGAAAUGUUCAUUACAUUUAUUAUGGUUAUGGUGUACAAAUCAAUGGCAGAUCCUACACGUGAUGAUUUACAUUUAUCUGGCCCAUUAGUUGUGGGCCUUUCCGUCACAGCGGGACAUCUGGUCGGCUACUUGUGUUCGUCAUCAAGCAUGAAUCCAGCGCGUUCUUUCGGGCCGGCACUUGUAAAUGGCAACUUCAACGAUCACUGGAUCUACUGGGUGGGACCGAUUUUGGGUGGCAUUAUGGCUUCAGUUUGCUAUCACUUUGGUGUACAGGAUCGUGAAGCGCUUAGGAAGAGACGGUCUAGAAGAAAUAGUGCCAGGCGAAAGAGUUCUCAAAAUUAAUAAAAAUAGAGUUUAAACAUUUGAAA